AUGAGCGCGUACAGAGAUGCCCUUCUGAGCUUCGAUACAGGGAAAGAAAGAGAAGAUAUGCCACAGACAGGCAGAAGCAGCGAGAACUGCGUAAGUAUCAACAAAGGAGAUAUCAAUCCUUCCUCUACCAGCCAGAGAUGUCGAGAUGUUUUGGGGGGGAAGGUGAAACAAGUCGUCGACGUCGAGAGACCCAAGGGAGCGCGGGUGCCGGGGAUCGGGAAGAAGUGUUGUUCCGGUUCCCCAGAAAUGGAAGCCGCCGAAGUGGCCAGAAUGGCAUUCGCUCCUUCCUCAGAUCCUCAGAUCCCCCCUCUCAAACUUACCUUCUUUCUCCAACCUCCAUCCCCUUCACACCUUACACCUCACACCAUGUCUGACACUAUCCAAGAGCUCGCCGAUAUCCCCAAGGACUUUGUCCGUGAGGGUUCUCUCUUCAUUAAGCGUUGCACCAAGCCCGACAAGCGCGAGUUCAUCAAGAUCAGCCAGGCCGUCGGCAUGGGCUUCCUCGUUAUGGGUGCCAUUGGUUACUUCGUCAAGCUGAUUCACAUCCCUGUCAACCAGGUCCUGGUCGGUGGUGCUUAA